AAUCUCAUAGAUUUGUGCCAUCUCGCGAUAUGAAAUGUCGAAAAUCGCGCCAAUAUAAGAGUCCUUUAUAAAAGUAUCCAAAUCUAGCACCAUUGGCGACCUAGCGCUGCGAUCGUGACGAAAUUUCGGUCGUACAACAUUGCUUGCAACUAUACAGUUCUCAACUGCUCGUACUGCCUCGUAACAAGCGCAUCAGUGCACUCGUGCUCAUUGUAUACGCAGAUGCUUGUCCUGUCUCGAACUUCGGAUUGUCAGAAAUAUUAACGUCGCAUCUCAAUUUUAAAUGAUCGUUCCUCUCUUUAAUAUUUGAAUAGAUCAUGCGACAAAAAGUCAAUAUCAGGCUUGUUUAUCGAUGCGAUACUUAUCAAUGGUGUGAGUGGCAUGCAAAUUCAAGAAAGUGUCAUCUUUAAUUAUACCACGACUCGUUCAGACUUGUAUCGCAAUCUCUACGCUGACGAUUGUCAAAAGUCCAGCAACGCUUCCCAACUGUGUUUAUUUCAAUUGAUGUGACAACCGAUGCUGUCUUGCAUUAGCAGUUUUAUCAAAAUUUCUAUUAGCAAAACUGCUGACAAUCAAAAGUUAUUAGUGCAAAUAAACCUCUAAAAUGGCUGAAGCACAAACAAAUUUCUGUAGUGGUAAUAGUUCUAAUAUUGAAAAACAAAAGGACGAUCAAACUGUUUUGGGAGUACCUGAAUGCGCUGUGUGCCUUCAACCAUGUAUUUAUCCUGCUCGGCUACCUUGCAGUCAUAUAUUCUGCUUUUUGUGUGUCAAAGGAGUUGCAAACCAAAGUAAACGUUGCCCAAUGUGCAGGCAUGAAAUUCCGCCAGAUUAUUUAGAACACCCCCAGUUGAUAGAUUUAGAUGAGACAAUACAAAAAGAAACUAUUAAUACUACUAGCACAUCUGAUAACCAUUCUCAUGAAGAAUAUCAAUGGUUUUAUGAAGGCAGAAAUGGUUGGUGGCAAUACGAUGAACGUACAAGUAUUGAAUUAGAGACUGCUUUUAAAAAAGAAGAAGCAACGUGUGAAUUACUUAUUGCUGGAUUUUUGUAUGUAGCUGACUUCACUACCAUGUUGCAAUACAGACGAAAUGAUAAUUCAAGAAAAAGAAAAAUAAAACGAGAUCUCUACAACGCACCAAAGAAAGGAGUUGCUGGUUUAAGGCUUAAUCACAAUCAAAAUCGCACUGAUCAAAGUGAGCAAUUGCAGCAUCACAACCAAGUACAACAGCAACAGCAUCAAUUGCAACAACAUCAAUUUUUUAAUAGUAACAGAGGAAUUCUUAGGACUGAAAGAUCUGCAAGUCCUUCAAAUGAUAAUACAGGAGGCGAAUCUACUUCUCCCAUUCCACCAAGUAAUACUCCCCAAACUCCAGCUGGAGGAACUCUUAGUGGAGACGCAACACCUUUAGCACAAACCAGACUUCUGGAUCAUCGCCCGGAUUCUUUACAUCAGGUUUUGGAACAAAUGCGCUCUUUAGUAUUAAGGGAAAAUUUAUCAUCACAUAAUUCACAAGAUUUACAAGAUUCCAUCGACGAUGGCUCAUUUUCAGAUAAUUCAACUUUUCCAUGGCUCCAGUCGUCUUUUGCUUCUACCCAGAAUUAUUCCACAGAGGAGGAGGAGAACUCGUAGAAUGAGAGAAAUUGGAAAUACUGGCCCUAUUGGAGCACUAGAUUUAUCCGUUGCAAGGAAAAGAGAUUGAAGAAGCUAUUCAGAAAAGCUUCAGAAUUUUAUUUUUAUUAGUAUUUUUCAUUAGUAUUGCCAACAACUGCAUUUAAUUGUAUAUUAUUAUUAAAACCAUUUUACCUAGUGAUAAAAGAUUUUAGAUAUUACAUAAAAGCGGACAUAAAGAAAUAUUUCCAAAAAAUAGUAUCAAUAUUUUUAGAAUAUUAUAAAUUUUAUUUUCCAGGUAGCUAGGAUUAAAUUUUAAAAGUCCAUGUAUCAAAUAAUUAUUUGUUAAGUUUAGUUGUUGUAAUUCAUAUCUUAUUGAAUUAGUCAAAAUCUUUAAAUAAGUUUUAUAUUCA